AUGUUUGCUAUGAGAUAUGUGGGGAUGGUCUAGUAUCAAAAAAAGAAUAAAUGUGAUGAUGAUGAUGAUCUUCCAGAUGAUGGGUGUUAUAAUUGUAAAUAUUCAUGUUAUCCAGCUUGUCCACUCUGUAUUUUAGGUGAAUGUGUUGAUGAUUGUAGUGCUUGUAAAGAGGCACAAUUUUAAAAAAUAUGUGGCGAUGGAAUUUUAGUAAAACCUGAUGAAGAAUGUGAUUAGUUUUCAAAUGAGGAAGAUUUUCAAUUUUAAAAUUGUAAGAAGAUUUGUAAUUAGCAUUGUUAUAUUUGUGAUGAUAAUAAAAAGUGUAUUUAAUGCAAGAUAAACUAUGAAUUAUUUGAUGGGAAAUGUUACGCUAAUUAAUUGAACAAUGAUCACUCUUUGAUAAAUAAUUGUAUAUAUUAUGAAGACUCUUAAUGUAAACAAUGUUCAAUUGAUUAUUUCUACCAUCCAUUUGAAAAUAAAUGUGUACCUGUUUGUUGCGAUGGAAUCAUUCUUGAUGGAAAACUUUGCGAUGAUGGUAACAAAAUUAAUGGAGAUGGUUGUGAUUCAAAAUGUAAACCAUCAAUAGAUAGUCAAUGUGUAAAUAAAUAAGGCAUUUCUUUUCCUCGUCCAAUACCUUUAUUGAAACUUAUAAAAGAAAUAGGUAACUCUUAAAUAGUUUAUUUGACUAUGAUUCAUAGGUAAAAUUAUCAGACGAUUAUUCAAUUCAAAUUUUUAUAAACUCCAUCAAAUUUUAAAUAAAUAAUGGAGUUAUAAAUAAAUAGUUUUCUGAAAUUAGUUAGCUAGAUUAAGAAUCUUAUUAAUACCUUCAAAUGGAAAUUAACACUCUUAUCUAUUAUAUAUUAGGAUUAUGACUCAAUAGCCGAAAAAAUUGAGUUUAAUAAUGAAUAGUGGCAUAAUCUACUUAUUAUUUUAUUAUUUAUUAUUCCAGAAGCAUUUAAACAAUAAAAUACAUAUUUAAUUUGGAUUCUCAUGUCUAUAAAAAAUGUUUUUGAACUAUACUUACUGGUCAUUUGUUUUAAGUCUCCCAUACUUUAAAUUUAAUACUGUGCUUUAAAUGAAUUCAUGUAUUUUUACUAUUUAUCUCUUUAAAAAAAAUAGCUUCAUAAAAUUGAAUUAUUCAAAAAAUAAUUCACUCAUUUCAAUUUAUUUGUAAUAAAUUUUAUGUAUUUGAAAAAUGAAUUAUUGAAGAAUGAUCCAUUCAAAAUAAUAUUAAUAGGUUGGGUUAUCAUUGCUUUGAUGAUUUCAAUAAUAAGCAUAACAUUGUUAGUUGAUAUUUGCAAAAUAUUAUAUCCCUUAGUAUAAAACCUGUUGGAUUAAAAUUUAAUAAAGAAACUUAAUGUGAAUAUUCAAUUGAUUUUGUAAUAAAUAUCAUUUAAUAGUUGA